AUGAAGAAGAUGGACAACACUGUCCUGUCUGGAAUGUUGGCGGACCCCCUCAAAGACAAUAUGGCCUUCAAUGCUGACCAUGCAGAAAACUGCUUGCCACAGGGACUUGCCUUUCAGUUCCGCUUUAUUGAUGCUUACGGAGGCGACAGAAAUGAGUCCGAACCGAGUUCUCCAAACAGCAAUCAGGCACCAGCAGCCGAAUGCAGAGUGAGAGAAUAUCGCGUAUUGUAUUGUGAUAUCAGUGUAUCGCUACAGCUAUACACUAUUUGUAAGUCUGUUGCUGGCAUAUUUUCCAGUUUUGAUGGAGAAAACACUCCGAAACGCGUUUUUUUAGUACGAGCUCCAACGUGGGCAGCUCUUUACUCUCUCCUUUGUGUGCAGAUUCGCCGACAGGGUGGCAUCCAGCUGCUGGUGGACCUGUUGGAUCACCGGAUGACAGAUGUUCACCGCAGCGCCUGUGGAGCCCUGAGGAACCUGGUGUACGGCAAAGCCAACGACGACAACAAGAUCGCCUUGAAGAACUGCGGAGGGAUUCCCGCUCUGGUCCGACUGCUGAGGAAGACCACUGACCUGGAGAUCAGGGAGCUGCUCACAGGCGUUCUGUGGAACCUGUCGUCGUGCGACGCCCUGAAGAUGCCCAUCAUCCAGGACGCCCUGGCCGUGCUGACCAACGCCGUGAUCAUCCCGCACUCGGGCUGGGACACGUCCCCCCACACCCAGGAGGACCGCAAGCUUCACCUGCACUCCUCCCAGGUCCUCCGCAACGCCACAGGCUGCCUCCGGAACGUGAGUUCUGCCGGGGAGGAAGCGCGGAGGAGGAUGAGGGAGUGCGAAGGCCUCACAGAUGCCCUGCUUUACGUCAUCCAGACGGCUCUGGGGAGCAGCGAGAUAGACAGCAAGACUGUGGAGAACUGCGUGUGCAUCCUGAGGAACCUGUCCUACCGUCUGGCUGCGGAGACGUCGCACAGCCAGCAGGGCGGCUCCGAGGAGCUGGACGGCCUGCUGUGCGACACCGGCGGCAAGGACGCAGAGAGUUCUGGGUGCUGGGGGAAGAAGAAGAAGAAAAAGAAGGGUCACGACCAGUGGGACGGCGUCGGGCCCUUCCCGGACUUGGCUGAGCCUCCGAAAGGCAUCCAGAUGUUAUGGCACCCCACCAUCGUCAAGCCCUACCUCACGCUGCUGUCCGAGUGCUCCAACCCGGACACCCUGGAGGGAGCAGCUGGGGCUCUGCAGAACCUGGCCGCCGGCAGCUGGAAGUGGUCCGUCUACAUCCGAGCCGCGGUGCGCAAAGAGAAGGGCCUGCCCAUCCUGGUGGAGUUACUGAGGAUAGACAACGACCGGGUGGUCUGCGCCGUGGCCACGGCCCUGAGGAACAUGGCUCUGGACAUUCGGAACAAGGAGCUCAUCGGCAAAUACGCCAUGAGAGACUUGGUGCAUCGCUUACCCGGAGGCAGCAACAACAACAACACCACCAGCAGCAGUGGCGGCGGAGGAGGAGUAGGAGGAGGCAGCAUCAACAGCAGCAUCCUGGCAGGGAAGACCAUGUCGGACGACACCAUCACCGCGAUCUGCUGCGCGCUGCAUGAGGUCAUCACCAAGAACAUGGAGAACACCAAAGCCCUGAGGGACGCCGGCGGCAUCGAGAAGCUCAUCGGCAUCGCGCGCAGCAAGGGAGACAAACAUAGUCCCAAAGUGGUGAAAGCAGCAUCGCAAGUCCUCAACAGCAUGUGGCAGUACAGAGACCUCCGGAGUCUUUACAAGAAGGACGGCUACUCGCAGUACCACUUCGUGGGCUCCUCCUCCACGAUAGAGCGGGACAGACAGCGACCAUAUUCUUCCUCUCGCACGCCGUCCAUCUCUCCGGUGCGGACGUCCCCGAACAACCGGUCAGCGAGUGCUCCCGCGUCCCCCAGAGAGAUGAUGGCAUUGAAGGAGAGAAAGGCAGACUACGAGUCUACCGGCAAUGCCAGUUUCCAUGGCAACAAGGGCGAGCACACGUCCCGGAAGGACGCCAUGACGGGUCAGAUCACAGGUGGGUCUUCAACCCUGCACAGAGGAGCCUACGUGUCCCCUACUGAUGAUCUGAAGUAUAACCAGGUCUCUUCCCAAGGCCUGCCAUCGGAGCCCUAUCCUCCUUUCCAGAACCCCCCGCCACUGGACAGCAGCAACUACGAGGACCAGGCCUUCUACGACAGCCAGGUCCACUCGGGAGGUCGUCCCCCGCAGGGCGACCUCAACAUGCACCUACAGGGACUAAAGUCCACCGGCAACUAUGUAGACUUCUACUCGGCCUCCAGACCCUACAGCGAGCUCAACUACGAGACCAGCCACUACCCAGCCUCACCGGACUCUUGGGUCUAAAGGGACACGUGGAACGGAGGAGGACGAGACGAAUGACCGGGAGAAGGGGGGACGGUUCAAGUUUGGAGUUCAAGCUGAGAGGACAGUUUGCCUCCCUCCUCUCCCUCUCCCCUGUAGUUUCUGAGUAGCAUUAUAGAUAGCAGGACAAAGGAGGAGGAAGAGGAGACGGAGGAGUAGGACGGAGACAUUGGGACAGAGACGUCUGAGGACGGCACGAAAGGGGGCCGACGUGAAGAAGAGCUGCCACGCAUGUGCAUGCACACCACCAAUCGGACACAUUUUGUUCAUGUGUUGCGUUUCUGAUCAACAAGUGUUUUCAAAGAGUGCUCAGCUCGGCAGGAAGACCUUGGACCCCUGAGGGACGAGACAGACAUGGGGAGAGAGUCUGAAUGUACGGGGUACGGGGAGGGAGAAGGGAAGGAGAGGAAGGUUUGGGUCGGCGAUUGCUUUGGGGAUCGGAAGUACGGCGGCGAGAGAGAGAAACGGAUAAGCGGUCUUCACGGCUGAAGGUUGAGGGGGACACGGUGAAAGUGGUCGCCUGUAAAUAUGUGCUAUAGCAACAUGGCUUGUAGUAACGUGAAGCACAAGAGGCAGAGCUGUCGGACGUUUAGUAUGUCACUCGUACUUUUAGUUUGGGCUUCAGCGAGGUGUCUCCUUCUCCGGCCUGGAGAACGGAAACGUUUUGGAGGUUUUUUGUUUUUGUCCGUUUCUUUCUACUUUUUUAAAUUCCCGUGUAUAGUAUUUGAUGUCCCACUGUAUGUUGACGCAGAUGCAUUGUGUACUGUACAUUGCACUAUUUCUCAUGUUCUUUUCUGGCCUUUUUAGUUUGUUGUUGUUUUAUUUUAUUUUUGUUUUUUUGCCACUGGGUCGGCCUCACCCGAUAACCUGGUAUCACACGGAAUAGUCGCACUUAAAAUCUCACACCACAGUCAUCUGUUUGUCGCUAAUGUGAAACACUGGAGAUGAACUGCUGGGUCACGGUGCUCCUUUCACUGCCCUGCUGUUAGCAGACGGUACCGCCGCCAGGAAUAGCCGAAGAGAAAGAGAGAGAGCGACUGACGCGCCAUUCUUUCUCUGCUCGCUUUCGCUUUUCUAGGCUAGCUUUUGCGCUUCGACGUCGCAAAUCCGCUCUUUGUCGUUUAGGGGAAGGGCCUUCCUCAAAGCGACUCGUCACCCGUUGUUGUAUAUAACCGUGCCAAACAAACGUGACAACGUCUCCUCGGCUUAACGGAGUGCAUCAAAGGGUCCAAGUUCAGCUGAACAGCCUCUCGGUUCAGACGACGCUAGUUUGUACAUGCUUUGUUUUUUUUAAAAAGAAACUGUGUUUUACUGAGAUGAAAAAGUGUCUAACUUGCACCAACAAAAAGAAAACCCACCCCCACACACACGACAAAAAAAAAAAAAAAAAGUUUAAAAAAAAUGUAAAACCCCACUGAGGCACAGCGGGGCCCCGGCAGAGCUUCACUCGCUCCGACGUUGUACAAAAUUAGUUGAUUUCUGUGUUGUAAAAUAGUCAAUGUUUGAAGUACAAAACGAAAAAAAAAAAAAAGAAAAAACUUUUCUGAGAGAUGGGUGGCAGUUCUAACUUCAUGGUAGACAAAUCUGUUAAUAGAGUACGGAUAUAUAUUAUAUAAAUGCAAAUAUAUACUUUUUAUGUGCAGAUGUGGAUGUCACUUAUAGCAGCAACAGUAACGGGAAAAAGACUUGUUAAAACAAACGAAAAAACAAAACCAAAAAAAAAAAAAAAAAAAACAACAGCUACAUGUAGGCAUUUUGUUCACAUCUUCUUUUCUUGUCAACACACUAAAUUGUCAACUUUGUGUAGUAACGUUGUUGCUAUGUGGAGUAGAGUAGCCCAGGCGCCAGGGAUCUACGUUGUCGCUGAUUCAAGCCAACAAGGUGCUACAUUUGUUGAGUAUUACCAACGUGUCGGUGUUUUAACAGUGCACAAACCAUCUCCGGAUUAUUCUGGGUAUCCGCACGGCCUUGCUGGAGUAUUCACACUGCUUGGACUUUUCUUUAAUACUUGUUGUGUCACAGAACGCAAACUCUUAUGGACUUGAAUUGGAUUCAAUUGGAUAGAUGGAGUGUGAGUGAGAAGGAAAGAGAUGCAUCUUGUUUUCUUUUGGGUUUUGUUUUGUUUGGUUUUUUUUUUUUUACUUAAAUGAAAUCUGGAAAUGUGGAAGACAUUUGCAUUUAUGGUCAACACACUGCAAAAAAUAAAAACUGGCAGAUUGUUUUACUUA